AUGUUUGAUGAUUAUGAUGAUGAUGAUGAUGAUGAUGAUGAUGAUGAUGAUGCUAUGUCUUUUUAUGAUAUGAGAUUAUUGUUUGGCCUGAAGGAUCCUAAUCGGUCUUUUCCUGCUAGUACCGGUGAUGCUGCGGGUGUUGGUCUUUUGAAGUGGCGGAUGCAGAGCACUGAUGAAUACAUGUAUGGAAGAAUCCUCACUCAAGUUGUUCAAUGUUUGAAACAGCUUUAUUGUGAAAAUGUGAGAUUUUUAAGUGAUCAGUUUGACGAGCUUAAGAAUCUUGUUGAUAUUGGUGACAUACUUGGUGCAAGUGGCUCAAUUAAGCGAACUGAGAAAGGGGAGCUUUCUGUCUAUGUGAACUCUUUUGCAAUUCUUACAAAAUCUCUACUGCCCUUGCCAGACAAAUAUCAUGGUCUAACUCGUGUGGAUAAGCAUUACCGGCAAUGGUACAUUGAUAUGAUUUCCAAUCCUGAAGUAGCUGAUGUAUUUCGGAAGAGAGCAAAGAUUGUAUCAGAGUUACGCAAGACAGUGGAAUCUUUUGGAUUUCUCGAAGUUGAAACUCCAGUUCUACAGGGAGCAACUGGUGGAGUAGAAGCAAGACUAUUUGUUACCUACCAUAAUUCGCUAGGAAGGGAUCUUUAUUUGAGGAUAGCAACUGAUCUCCACUUGAAGAGGAUGCUGGUUGGAGGGUUUGAAAAAGUUUAUGAGAUUGGUCGAAUAUUCAGAAAUGAAGGGAUUUCAAAUCGUCACAAUCCAGAAUUUAAAGCAAUGAAAUGGAGCAUAAGAUUAAGGCCUGGAAGAUGUUUCACAGUUCCUCUCUCUGUGUCGAGCUAUGGCUUUCAUAAAUCUUGUUCUCCUGUUGAGUUUUGCAGUACGUACUGA